CGCCGCCGCUCUCUCCUCCCACCGCGCUCCCGCGGCACCGCGCUUCCCAGCGCCAGCGAGCCGUGAGGCCAGCGCGGGGGCCGGCCCCCGCUUCCUUCUCGCCGCCGGCGGCGUCCCCGGGCUGGAGCGCGCCGCGAUGGCAGCGGCCGAGCGGGGCUGAGCCCGCCGCCCGCCGCAGCCCCCGGGAGCCUCCGGCCCCAGCCAUGGCGAAGCAGUACGAUGUGCUGUUCCGGCUGCUGCUGAUCGGGGACUCCGGGGUGGGCAAGACCUGCCUGCUGUGCCGCUUCACCGACAACGAGUUCCACUCCUCGCACAUCUCCACCAUCGGUGUUGACUUUAAGAUGAAGACCAUAGAGGUAGAUGGCAUCAAAGUGCGGAUACAGAUUUGGGACACAGCGGGGCAGGAGAGAUAUCAGACCAUCACAAAGCAGUACUAUCGACGGGCCCAGGGAAUAUUUUUAGUCUACGACAUUAGUAGCGAGCGCUCCUACCAGCACAUCAUGAAGUGGGUCAGUGAUGUGGAUGAGUACGCACCAGAAGGUGUCCAGAAGAUCCUUAUCGGGAACAAGGCCGAUGAAGAGCAGAAGCGGCAGGUGGGCACAGAGCAAGGGCAGCAGCUGGCUAAGGAAUAUGGCAUGGACUUCUAUGAAACAAGUGCCUGCACCAACCUCAACAUUAAAGAGUCUUUCACGCGUCUGACAGAGCUGGUGCUGCAGGCCCACAGGAAGGAGCUGGAUGGUCUCCGGACACGCGCCAGCAAUGAGUUGGCAUUGGCAGAGCUCGAGGAGGAUGAGAGCAAACCUGAGGGCCCAGCGAACUCUUCAAAAACCUGCUGGUGCUGAGGGUCCCGCAUGGAGCACCCACACAAUCCCUCCUCCCCUCAGGCCUGCGGGCAGACAGAGAGUCUGGGCUUUGCCCACUUCUCCUCUCACUCGGGCGACCCUGUGGAAUAUCAGUAGCUGCUCCCCCGCUUGCCUGGCCCCAGAGCAGCUCCACGGUCAUCGCUGAGCAGCCUCUGCCCCCAGCCCCUCACCCUGGAGUAGUCCCCCCAGCCGCAGGCCUGCUAUGAGCACCAGAUGUGCUACAAGCACUCUCACCGCCCCAGCUCCCCAGACAAUGGCCGAGUCUGGAGUCAAGGCCACUUUAAGGCUCCUAUUCAGAGCAUCUUGUGUCCUGUCUGCUUUUUCUCUCUUCUUCCCACUUCUCUUUCUUUGCCCCCUUCCUCUCCAGUGUGUUUUGUAUCAAAGCCUCUCACGCCCCUUGCCCUGUAUGUCCGGCUGUGUGGCUGCUGGUGCAGUUUCUUUCUCUCCUUUCUUCCUAACCCUGUCCAAGGGAAUGGACUCAGGCUCAUGGAGACGUUCCAUCUCUGCUCCUGAGAGAACGCCCGCCCUGCUCUGCAGGUGGGCCACAGGCCACGGGGUGCUUCUUCCCAGCCUCCGCUCCCCACCCUUCCUUGUGCCAUGGGCCUGCCUCAUCAACAAUCUGGGAAAGCGGAACAUCAAGGUGGGAAGGAAACGCCACAGUGCUCCUUGGCCUGGGGCUGCCCUACCUGUCCCUGCCCCGCCCUACCCAGCUUUUGCCUUGCUUGGCUGCCUGCCCACCUGCCUCUUGGGGGAGCGGAGCACAGAGGCAGGUGCUUCAGACCAGGAAAAAAAAAAAAAAAUGAUGAGGGGUGGCAGGGAUAAAAAGCCACCUCCAUUCUCUACCUCCCACACAGCGUGUACACAAUUUCUCCCCCACCUUGGCUCCUGAAUUUAAAGUGUGCACCAAGGUCUGAGGGCACUGCAGGGGCAAGAAGACCCCAGGGGAGUGCCACAAGCCCACCGCGCACGCCCAGAAAGGGGGGCAUUUGGAAAUAAAAGACUGGCUCCUAAAGAUGGGGUUAAGAGCAAAGGAGAGCAGGCCAGGGCAGCAGUUUGCAAACUAGAGGGGAAUGUGGCAACAGCAGGGCUGCCUGGGCCCCACCUUCCAUUCCUUGUGUAAGAAGAGCAUUUCCCCACGUUUCCUGGCAGGUAAGAGGUGACAUAAUCACGUUGGUGGGCCCAGCCUUCAGCUCUCAAAGUUUUCCUGAGAUGCGAAGUUUGUGGGAGAAGAGCAGGGGCUUCAUGGGAAGGAGGGAAGCAGGCCCUGGGUGGGAAUGGUCGGUGUUCUCUUCAGCCUUCAAGACGAUGCGCUCAUCUUGCUCCUCUAGCUCUUGAGGAGAAGGCUUGAGGGUUUGCCAACCACACUGUGAAGUUUCUUUAACUCCUUAUGGUCCAAGAGUAGCUUGAAGGAGGCCCUUUAAGGAAGGGACAAGUCAGUUACCAGCCCUAGUAGGGCUCCUUCCCACCUUCCUCAGUAGGAGGAUCAUUCUUAAGCUACAUAUUAUAAUAGCCACAUUGCUUGGCUGGGGCUGGAGCUAAAACAAAUAACGUGGCAUUGAGCAUGCACCAACUAAGGACCAAAAUCCAGGGGACACACGUGAAGGAUUAAGAGCCCCACUUCCUUACUCCUCCAAAAGGGGGGGGGGGAUGAAAUCACCAAACCUUUCCUCCAGACUCUUAUCAACACAGGAGACAGCAGGAGAGGGUGGCUCAGGAUGUAGGAAGAGAGGAUGGGUUAGCAUAAUGGAAGGAAAAGGAGGACAGGAAUAGUUGUAAGUUACUGGCUAAUGAGAAACUUAGAGAGCCGAGUCGAAGUAAAUCAUGACUCUGGUUCACGAUGCUUCCUUGAGGCCUAAGUGCUUAGCUGGCGGGGCACAUGGGGCAUCGCAUUGGGGUGGCGAGGUCAGUAAUGCCAAUCCCCCGGCCUCCUCAGCUGGGCCUUCAGAAAGGGGACGUUACAUUUGCUUUGGCUGCAAUCUGUGGGUCAGUACUGCAGCUUUCCCUGGUGAUUAGGCAGAGCAUCAUUGCCUUUCCCAGCCCCCUCAGAACAGAGGGACUCCAUUUUUAACUGUACUCAAAGGGUUCCAGAAGGGAAAAAACAUGGGAUUCUAUGGCCUGGUUAGCUCCGUCUACAAGGGCCACAGCUGGGGAAAGGUAAGGGAGCAGGAGGGCUGGGACGUGAGGGUAUAGUUGUGCUUACCAGGUACAAGUCAGCCUCUCACCCCUAAACUUCUCCAGUCCAGGAGGUGGCCUGGGAUUUGGGAUUCGGCCCAGACUGUUGAGCAGGCGCUCCUGCCUGUUUACUCUUCAUCGCGUCUGCACCUGCUGUCCCGAGACUCAGACCAGCCCCACACCCUCACCUGCUCCUGAGCCCCCACCAUCUCCCUGUGAUGGGUGAACUUUGUGUGCUGUGUCUCGGGUCCAGUAUAUGAGUUGUGAGCAGGGUUCAUCUCUUUUAAACACAGAUGUUUACAAAAUAAAGAAUAUUUCGAACCACAA